GUACAUGAUAGAUUCAUAAGAGGAGAAGGGGACUCUUUUACAUUUUCCUUCUCCGAAGCAAAUGUGUAAUACUACUACCAUAUCUGAUUCUCUUUUCUCCCUAACCCUCCUUAAAUUCUCACUAUAUAUAUACACCCAUAAUAAAAAUAAACUUUCAUUCAUCGGAAAAAUAAUAAUAAAAAACAUACAAACAAGAGGAUUCAGGUGAUCUCGACCAGAAUUGAUUUGAUUCGUACCAGGUUUGAGUAAUUCCUCAAGGCAGAAGCCUACUGAGCUCUGAUGGAGAACUUGGAAGCAAAUGAUGACUACACCAAAGAUGGAACACUUGAUCAUCGCGGUAACCCGGCCAAUAAGAGGACAACUGGAACCUGGAAGGCCUGCCCUUACAUUCUUGGAAAUGAAUGCUGUGAAAGAUUGGCCUACUAUGGGAUGAGCAGCAACCUGAUCAUUUAUUUCACCCAACAACUCAAUCAGCACACUGCUACUGCCUCCAGGAAUCUGUCAAACUGGUCAGGAACCUGCUAUAUCAUGCCAUUGUUGGGUGCAUUUCUUGCUGAUGCAUAUCUUGGAAGAUAUUGGACCAUUGCCAGCUUCUCCAUCAUCUAUGUCAUUGGAAUGACACUUUUGACGUUAUCGGCUUCAGUUCCUGGUCUGAAACCAACAUGUGUUUCCAAAACUGAGUGCCAUGCAACCAAAGCUCAGACAGUUGUUGCAUUUGUUGCCCUCUAUCUGGUUGCUUUAGGAACAGGAGGAAUCAAGCCCUGUGUCUCAUCCUACGGAGCAGAUCAGUUCGAUGAUGCUGACGACAAGGAAAAACAUCAGAAAAGUUCAUUCUUCAAUUGGUUUUACUUCAGUAUCAAUGUUGGAGCACUGGUUGCUUCCUCGUUGCUGGUCUACAUUCAAAUUCAUGUUGGAUGGGGAUGGGGAUUCGGCGUGCCUGCUGCAGCCAUGGCAAUCGCCGUUGUUUCAUUCUUUUCAGGUACCCGGAUUUACAGGUAUCAGAAACCCGGAGGAAGUCCCCUGACUCGCCUCUGCCAGGUGGUGGUUGCAUCGUUUAGAAAGAAUCAUGUUGCCGUCCCAGCCGAUGAAUCUCUUCUCUAUGAAGCUCAAGAUGAAAAAAGCGCCAUUGUAGGAAGUCGCAAACUCGAGCACACAACAGCUUUAAGUUUCUUUGACAAAGCAGCAGUGGUGACAGAUUCUGAUUAUAAGAAUGAUUCGGAGAUAGAUAAAUGGAGACUUUGCACUGUGACUCAAGUAGAAGAGCUCAAAUCAAUCAUAAAGUUGCUUCCCAUUUGGGCCACAGGUAUUAUCUUCAGCGCAGUUUAUGGCCAAAUGGGGAACCUAUUCGUCUCUCAAGCAACUUUCAUGGACACUCAUGUCGGAAACACCAAAUUCGAGAUCCCUGAAGCUGCACUCAGUGUAUUCGACACCCUCAGUGUCAUCGUGUGGGUACCAAUCUAUGACAAAAUCAUCACCCCAUUCGCCCGGAAAGCCACAGACCGGAAGAAUGGCUUGACUCAGCUACAGCGUAUGGGAAUCGGGCUCUUCAUCUCCGUCUUAGCCAUGGUUUCUGCAGCCGUCUUGGAGAUUGUAAGACUCGGCAUAGUGAAAAGACAUAACUUGUACGAUGUCCAACAUGUCCCGAUUUCGGUAUUCUGGCAGGUUCCUCAAUACUUCAUCAUCGGUUGCGCCGAAGUCUUCACAUUCAUCGGACAACUGGAGUUUUUCUAUGAACAAGCUCCUGAUUCGAUGAGGAGUUUGUGCUCUGCCCUUUCGCUUACAACAACAGCACUUGGAAAUUACCUCAGUUCUCUUUUGGUGUGGAUUGUGACACAGUACAGUACAAAGGGAGGCAAACCAGGAUGGAUUCCUGACAAUUUGAACUAUGGACAUUUGGAUUACUUCUUCUGGAUGUUGGCCGGUUUGAGUGUGCUGAAUUUGGGAGCUUUCAUCUUGGUUGCGCAAAAGUUUAAGUACAAAAAGGCAGUUGGCACUCUUCGCUGAUUCAAUUUAGAUUAGAUUAUAGGACCUGGAAACUUGAAGCUUUUGUAUUUUUAUCUUGUUGGGUUUUCUUCUUCUUCGAUCUAGAUGAUGUGAUGUUGUAGUUUUUUUUUUUUUUUUUUUCUAAUAUAAAUUUGGUUAUAUAGAAAAAGCUACUCCUCUGUCUGUCCUCGUAGGCUAGUCAGUUUUGGAUACCUG